AAAAAAUAAAAUUAUAUAGGUAUUGUAUUGAUACAAUUCCAAAAAAUUAGGCUUUAUAAUAUAAUUUUACGAAACAAAAAUAUAUGGCUUGUAAUCUCACUUAGUCUUCCACAUACAUACCACCCACAAGGCCACAGGACAAACAAAGCGAAAUAUCAAAGCAGCUUCAAUGGAACAAGAAACUUCUCAAUUCGAGUCCAGCGAGAUGCUAGCGGCGUAUCUGGCGUCGACGCCGCUCCUCGAGGAAUCGUGGCGGCGGUGCCGCAACGCCAACGCCGCCGCUCAGCUGAGCUUCGCCGUCGAUCGGGUGGGGACGGUGGCUUACGUGGCGUUCUCCGGCGUACAGGUGGUUGAUUGCGCGGAAGAAAGUUGCUGGAGUUUGGUAAAUCUGGAAAGUGGCGGCGGAAAGGGGAUUUUCGGUCCGUUUUGCGGCGGCGAUGAGGAAGAACCGGUGAUGGUGCACGGCGGCCUGCUCCGACUUUUUCUCUCCUUUUACCACACCCACAAUUUCCAACAAAAGAUUCACGAAGUGGUGAACGAGUGCAAAUCGGUCAUUUUCACCGGCCACUCCCUCGGCGGAGCCGUAGCUUCCCUCUCGACCCUUUGGCUCCUCUCCAUCCUCCAAACAAUCAACAUCCACGUCAUGUGCAUCACGUUCGGCUCCCCAAUGCUCGGUAACCAAUCCUUCUCACGUGCCGUCCUCCAAGAAAGAUGGGCCGGCCACUUCAUCCACGUCGUGGCCCAAAACGACAUAGUCCCCCGCCUGCUCUUCGCCCCACCAUCCUCUUUCAUGGACCAUCUGCCAGCCCUCAUCCACUUCUGGCACUCGUCGAUGACCUCAUGCAUCGUUCCCAACUUUUCAUGCGGCAGUCUAACCGAGCUCUGCAGUGUGAUAGCAUCAUGUCUGGAGGGAGGAAGUGGGGCCCACCGCGGAAGGACCUCGUUCUGGCCAUUUGGUAGCUACAUGUUGUGCACUGGUGACGGGGCAAUCUGCCUCGACAAUGGAGUGGCUAUCGUGAGAUUUCUCUAUCUGAUGCUCGUCAGUUCCUCCUCCUCCUCCUCAUGCGUGAAGGAUCAUCUCGCGUACGAGGAUUGUGUGGGGAGGGCCAGCUGGCGCUACCUCACGAGGAACAUGUCUGCAGACACGUGGUUUUUUUCCGAGUCGAGCACUGAGGCGGGGACUGCGCUCGCGUUGCGUUCGUCCGGAUUGGAUAUUCGUUCCGAGGAGAUCGAACCGAUCGCGAAAAACAGCCUCGCGCUGGCGAGACGGCUCGGGUGCAGUCGCAACCUCAACGCGGCGAAAAUGGCCGUCUCGUUGUCGAAAGUGACCCCACUCCGCGCGCAGAUCGAGUGGUACAAGGCCUUCUGCGACCACCACCACUCAUCUUACUACGACUCGUUCAAGCAAAGGGGCGCCUCCAAGCGCGGCUCCAAGGUCAACAUGAACCGCAUUCGACUCGCCACUUUCUGGGACAAACUCUUAUUCAUGAUCGACGCCAAUCGACUCCCCCACGACUUCCACAAGCUUCCCAAGUACGUCAACGCCUCCCGAUCCUACGCCCUUCUGGUUGAGCCUCUCGAGAUUGCAGAGUACUAUAGGACGGGCGAGCACGAGAAGAAGGGUCACUAUGUAGAGCACGGCCGCGCGAAGAGGUUCAAGGUUUUCGAGAAGUGGUGGCGCGAGAGGAAAGUCGGGGACGAGGAGAAUGGAUCGAGGAGUAGGUUUGCGAGCUUGACCCAAGAUUCGUGCUUUUGGGCUAGGGUUGAGGAGGCUAGGGAUUAUGUGUAUCGGGUCACGAGUGAGGUGGACUCGGGCAGGCAUUUGGAGCUUUUGGAUGAGAUUGGGAGGUUCGAGAGGUACGCACGAGAGGUGGUCGAGAGAAAGGAGGUGUCGGUGGAUGUGUUGGCAAAAGACUCGAGCUAUAGUUUGUUUAAGGAGGAAUGGGAGGUGCUCAAGUGUCAGCUGAAGCUGGGCUCUCAGGAUGGGAUGGUUCAGGAAAUAUGUUUGGAAUGUUUGGAAGCUGAGGGAAAUUUCAUGUCGAUCGGCUUUCCGUGAUGGGAAAAUAUGAUGUUGUGAAUGGUUUGUAGAUGUGAUCCGAUUUAUCUGUGUUUGUGCCGAUUGAUAUAGAUGAAUGAAUAUGUGUUACAUAUUUUGUUGUGGUUAAUUUGGCUGUGUACUGGGGACACUGAGGUUGACACUCUUGAAGAUGUUGUACUAUAUGUAUGCAUAUAAAUGCUUGUGUGUGCAAAAUACAAUAUGUUUCUAGUAGCAGUACACCUGCUAAAUCUGUAGAAAUAAUCACAACUGCCCUUGGCACUUCAGCCUGAUUAAAAAGAAGGUGCAAAUUUCAAUUUUCAAUUUUCAGGAGGUUUUCAUUUCAUUGGUA